AUGGCCAGAGCCUGGAAGGAUGGAAGCACCAUGGAUGUGUGGGGCCCAGGGCAGCAGCAAGGCCUCCUGACCCCACAGACCCAGGCAAACAUCUUCCUCAAUGGCUUUGGAGAUCCUAGAGCCUCUGCAGUGGGCGAGGCCCUCAAGGUCAACGUUUUGGAGGAACUAAACAUGAGCAAUAACCGAAUCUCUGCCAUGGGAGCCCUGAGCCUGGGCCUGGGCCUCAGGGUCAACCAGACACUGAAGAUUCUUGUUGUGUCCAGGAAUCCCAUGCGAAGCGAAGGCUGCUUUGGUCUUCUCAGGUCCGUGCGGGACAAUCCAGCACCUGCACUGGAACUACUGGAUUUCUCCGAUAUCCAGGUGAACGCAGAGUUUGAUGAUCUUGCUAGCUCAGUGAAGGUGAUUCUUCCAGGGCUUUGCAUAAAGACUGGUGCUCCUAGAGCAGGGUAUGAAAAAGAGUUGGGGCCAGUCUUCAGACUGUCCCUACCAGCCCCAGCCUCUAAAUGA